CAAGUUUUACCUUGUAAACAAACAGGUGCACGAACCAACGUUCGAAUAUGGCAUACGUAGACACCCACUUUCAUAUUUGGGAGUUGGAUAGAUUUGAUUAUUCAUGGCCGACAAAAGAUGACAAAACUCUUUUCAAGAAUUUUCAUAUAGAAGACCUGGAAGAAGCGGUAAAAUCUACCCCUGUAAAAUAUGCUGUAUUUGUGCAAUGUUUGAACAACAAACCAGAGGAAGCAAAAUGGGUAAUGGAACUUGCAAAAAAUCAUAGUAUCAUAAAGGGUGUUGUAGCAGGCCUUGAUCUUACCAGUUCUGAUCUACCAAAGGUAUUGGAUGACAUGCAGCAAAAUCAGCUGUUCAAAGGAUGUCGACACAUUCUAGAUUUCGAGGAUGAGAAGUGGAUAACUCGCGAAGAUGUUUUUCAGGGAUUAAAAGUUCUCGAGGACAGAGGACUGACAUUUGACCUACUACUCAGGCCACAUUUGCUAAAGUAUAUUCCGGACCUUAUAAGACGUUUGCCAAAAUUAAAAUUUGUUGUUGAUCAUAUCGCUAAACCCUACGUCAAAGAUGGAAAAAUGUCGCCUUGGAAAGAGGAAAUAGCAGCCAUUGCAGAGUUUCCUAAUGUAUGGUGUAAAAUAUCUGGACUAGUAAAUGAAGGAGAUCUAAUUAAUUGGAAGAAAGAAGAUUUUCAACCAUAUGUUGACCACGUAAUCCGAUGUUUUGGUAUAGACCGUUGUAUGUAUGGUUCGGAUUGGCCAGUGUGUUCACAAGCUGGUUGUAAAUAUGUGGAUGUAUACAGCUUAUUAAAUGAUUUAUUGCCAUCCCUUUCUGAUGAAGAUAAAGAAAAUAUGUUCAAAGAAAAUGGCCGGAAGUUUUAUUCAUUACAGUUAUAAAACACAAUUAUUUUAUGUAGAAUGAUGAAUCGUAUAUAAAUAAACAACUAUGCCGUGAAUGUGUUAUC